GGAUAGCGAUAGAUAAGACACGUUUCGCGUGGUACGCACGUAUCCUCUAACUGGACAAAAGAAACGAAGUACGCGGCGCAUAGUCUCUCUGAUGACGUCGUCGUCGCCGCCUGCAAAGUGGAGACCGCUGGAGUGUCUGGAAGAAAAGACACGGGAGAAAGACGUGCCAGCCGAUCCCCAGCUGGACAGGCUGUUGGGAAGGAUGGACCGAAAUCCCACUGGCAUAACGACGUCAGCCGCGCAAAAUGUGACGUUUGUAGGACUCCAACGAGACGUCGACACCCAAUACAUGACUGGCUCCAAGAUGUACGAAGUUCUUGCUGCACUCAAGAGGAUGGCUUGGAUUGUGCCGUUAGCGUACACUUAUCUAUGGACAGCCGCCAUCUUUGCCAUGUUCCCGCCAUUUUAUCCGGGGUUGGCUACAUCUCGAGGUCUGGAGGCUUGGAAGUUUGGCUUCGUGUUUUCCGCGCUCAAGUGCGGAAUGAGUUUGGGAUCGUUUUCAAUAAGAAAAAUGAUGACCUGGCUCUCUCCAACAAAGACCUACCUACUCGGCCAAGCUGGGGCGCUGCUAUUUUGCCUGUGUUUCGGGUCGCUGUAUUGGGCUCCGAGUGCCAAUAGCCUGCUGUGGCUAUCGCUCUUUACAUUUAUAUUAGGAGGGAUUUUUCUCAUGAUUCUAAUUGUUACCAUGUAUGCCGCCGCAAACAGCGUCUGCUCUAGCAACCCUGGUGUCUUAGCUGGAACGAUGGAGGCAAUUUAUGGAAUAGGAAAUAUGAUUGGAUCAGUCACCGGAGGAGCUCUGAUUGACCUUUGGGCCUUUCCACUGCCGUUUUUUGUGGUGGGUGUGGUUCAAGCUCUGUCUUCACCAUUUGUUGCAAUCUAUGGAAUAAUUCCCAAAGAACGGCCGCAAGAUAGUGCACCGAAAGCCCGGAUUAUGCAAAAAAUCGAAGGCGCAAAAUUCUGGUUCUUGCUCACUGACCCCGAGUUUUUGGUUUGCGCCAUAAGUUUUGCCUUUAACUGGAUUCUUAUGGGAUUCAACCAAACUACCCUGGAACCACAUCUUUCGCAGUUUCAGUUAAGCAGCACUCAUCUUGGUGAAAUCUACAUGGUGCAAUCUGCAGGUUACGUCAUUGCGUCUGUGCUUUCUGCUAUUUUCUGCAACAUGCAGAAGGAACGAUCAUUUUUGUUCGUUUGCCACGUCAUGGCGGUGGUUGCAUACUUGAUUGUUGGGCCCAUUCCGUAUAUUCCAAUUUCACCGAAUCUAUGGAUGGCAGGCUCGGCGCAAUUGGGCAUUGGAAUCGCAACGUCUGCAUACUUCGUUUGUUCCAGCUGUCUUCUAAAUACUACGGCAUUAAGCCGCGGAUGCCCGGACAAUCUUCAAACCACUAGCUUCGUGUCGAGCGUUACAUUCGGAUGUGCAGUACUUUGUGCUUGCAUUACGGCGCCAACUGCCGGCUACGUUUCGGGGACUUAUGGAUACAGAACAGCCAGCAUGGUCCUUUUCGGAGUACUUUUUGCCUGGACACCAGUCCUCUUGAUCUUGUGGCUACGACCAAGUUUGUUGCGAGGAUCAAAAAGAUUCCGGUAUCCCUCGCAAGAAAACUACAUGUAAUGAUUGCAUAAGCUAUACCCGUAAAAGUUUCUUUUCUGCUAACCGAUCUUUCUGGGUCAGCAAAAAGUUCAUUCAAAUUCUAAAGAAACAACUUUACCGGCUUUUGAUCUUUAAAAUUUAUGCCAGAUUGGAAAAGCCUGCUGCAAGAACUAUCCGAUGUUGGUCUAGGCGCUGUUGCAACUCUUCGUCCCAAUCCCCUCUUUUAGAAUAUAAAACUAAAUAAAUAUAAUAUUUAUAUUUAUCUAUAUACAGUGCGGUCUGCACAGGGCUUACGAGAAACCGCAGGUGACUGACUGCCUAGUAAAAACAAUUAUUUGUAGGGCACGCACCUGGCAACCUUGAGAUACCUGUUCGACGAGCUGUCGGACUGCUAAAGCCAAUUUUGAGAUCUAUAGAAAUGCACGCACCGGCUGAAACACUUUGGUAGAAUACAUGACGAACAAGAAACAACAAAAGAAACACUUCCAUUGAAGGCCGACGGGAAACCAUGAAUAAAAGAACUCUCCCUAA